UGUACCCUGUCAACAUCAACAGCAGUACUGCAAAACCUCACCACAACUGUCAGAUCACAGCAUUUCACGUUUCGACAUGCACACUCAUUCAUUUUGUUUUCCGGGAACAUUUUAAAUUCUGGCGACAUCUUGUUGAUAUUAUUUCUAGUUUGAUGCGUGCACCCCUUUUCUCGGAAACAUCGUUAGCAUGCAGCAUUUCCGUUCCUUUUCGGCGUGACGCCAUUAAAUUACUCCACAUUGACAUGGCGUGUUUUUAUUAAUUUUGAGAGACGUCUGCGGUUUUUUAAAAAAUUAAUGGUGUGUACUGUUACUAAUGAUGAUGUGAACUAAGCUUGCUGAUUAUCCCUUCGCCGAAUAAUUUUCACGGCCUUGAGUCUCGCUCCUUCCUUUUUACUCCUCUUUGCUGGUGGAACUGAAGAACGAGGUUGAAUAGGACUGUGAGGAAGAAUAAUCUGGAUGCACCAUGACCAACAGCAACAGUAUUUUUGACAUUCUGCAAUUAAAAUGAUACAACAAACCGCAGAAUGGAGACAACCAAAAAUGUGAAGCGUUUAUUUGUUGGGGGACUGCAUCACACAGUCUCUGAAAAUGAAAUUAAAGAAAGAUUUAGCACAUUUGGUGCUGUGACGGAUGUGGAUCUUGUGUUCAGGAAAGACAAUGAAGGUAAUCCUGUAAAGACCUUUGGUUACGUUAAUAUCAAUACCGCAGAAACAGAAUUAAAGCGAUGUAUUUCGAUUCUGAAUAAAUCAAGAUGGAAAGGUGAAAUGCUGCAAGUUGAAUUAGCCAAAGAAUGUUUUUUGCAUAAGCUUGCUCAAGAGCGAAAAGUUGCAGCUAAAAAUCAGUUCAAACCACAAGUUAACAGCGUCAACAAAGUGCUAGAGUCGCUGAAGAAAGCUGGUGUUGAAAACUUCAGCAUCAAGUCUGCUGUACCAGGAACAGAAGUACCUGAGCAUAAGGACUGGAUUGUGAGUAAAUUUGGAAGAGUGUUACCCAUCCUUCACCUCCGACAAAAAGGUCAAAAGAAAAUAAUCAAGUAUGAUCCUUCUAAAUAUUGUCAUAAUAUCAAGAAACUUGAUUGUAUGACAAAUUUUGAAGUCAAAACCCCAGUAACCAACCUAACAUGGCAUCUAGAAGAACCAGAUGAUGAGGAACUAAGUAAGAAAAAACGGGGGGACUUCCCUGCUACACAGCCUGCUAAGAGAAAGAAGCUAUCUGUCAACAAAUACAAUGUGGUGGAUUCCAAUAAUUCUGACAACAAUUUGACAGUAAACAAAAUGUUCUCAUCCACAGUGGAACAUAAUGGCAAGAGAGAAUCUAAUAAGGAUAAAUUCAUUGCAACAAUGGGGAACAAGUUUGCUUUCUCAAAAUCACCCUGUGUGGGUUCUAUAAAUCAAAAUGUUGGCAGACAAGAAAAUAAUGCCUCGAGCAAAAGUAGUACUUGGUCAAAAGCUCAAAUGGCAUGUCAUAGUUCUGACUUUGAAGAACUGGAAUUGAUCAAUGAAAGAAUGAAGAAUAAAUGUGAAGAGCUUAGUCAGGCAGAAGAUAAACAGCAAGACAUGCCUUUGGAAGUAGUUGGUGAGGAUUACAUUUUAAGACAUCAAACACAUUGGGCACCGAAUGAUUUGUGGAAAGAACUGUUGGAAGACAUUAACAUUAAUCACAGGUCAAAUGAUAGUGAUGGUGAUUAUGAUUCUGCAGAUACUGAUGAAAUUAUCUCUGGGAAAAAGAUUUCUCACAAAAGUUUGCCAAGAACAAAAUCUAACAGAAAACCAAAUCCUUCGAAUUCCAAAUCUAAAGGCAGUCCUAAGAAAAAGGAGUGUAAUUCUAACAAUAGUAGCAGUGAUGAAGAUUCCGAGGAAGAGAGUUCUGAAUCCAAACUGGAUUCCGAUUAUGAAGAAAUGAUGAGUAGGUGUUACCGAGUUGACUUAUCGCUAACUGAUCUUGAACAAUUGGCAAACAGCUCCUCCAAAGUUAAGAAAGAAAACUUCAAAUCACAAAGUGAUUUGAACUUAUUUAAAAGAAUCUCAUCACAGCCUUCCCUGGUAAACUCAUUGCCUUCAGCUUCAGGUGCAGAAAUUUCCCAGGGCAUGCCUGCCUUGAUGAAAAAUACCAUGCCUAAUAGCAUCAUAUCAGCUAUUCAGGACGAGGACAGCACCGACUGUGAAAUGAUACCCGAAAAACAACUGUUUAACCCAUCUCAUUCAAAAAAGACAGUGUCUCUGUUCAAGCCCGAGGAAGACAAUAACAAGGGAGAUAAAAUAAUUAGUGACCAAUUAGUUUUGGAAGUGAAGAGGAAGAAGAAUACAGAAUCGGGCAGUUAUUCUGAAACCACAGCUGUUGACAAAAAGAAAGUUCAUCGAACCAAGAAUCUGGUACCCUCUGAUUCUGGCAGUGAUGAGGAACAUGAUUUCAAACCACCACCAUUUAAAGGAACAAAAUUUCUUCAAUUCAACACACCCACCAUGUCCAUUCCUAGCCACAAACUUAACUUUGGUAUUUCUGAAAAUAAAACAGAAAAGUCAAAAUCUAUAACACAAAAUUUGUAUAACUCUGAAUUACUAAAUGGAGUAAAAUGCAGUGAGGCAGUAAAUGCUACGAACCAAAAAAUGGUGCAUUUUAAGCAAACUGACUCUCCAAAGAUUGAAGCCUCAACUUUACCAGUUGUUGAAACCAGUCACGUGAAUGAAAAGAGAGAAUGUAAAGCUGGAAUUGAUAGUUUUAAAAAGUGUUUAUCGAUUGAGAAUACUGCUAGUAGUUUGGUUGCAGGAACUCGAAAUUUGGAGAAGCAUUUAUUGGACAAUCAAAAGAGGCUGGCUGCAUUACAUGAAAGACAGAAAGAAAAUGAGAUGCAGAAGAAACUCAUUCAAGGAGCCCUGUCAAAUUUGGACAGUCAGAAACCUGACAAAAGGAAGCACAUUGUCUUUGAUUUUGAAGAAGAGAGUGAAAACAGGGUGCUGUUUAAAGAUGUUGGAGAAAAUUUUAAAGAAGGCACAAACGUAUCAGCAGAAGAAGGCGCAGAAAGUCAAAGAAAAUUACAUGUUGCAAAAGCUUUUGGAAAAAGAACCAUUGGGAAACUGUUUGAUAGUGAGGAGGAGGACAAUGAAGAUUACAGUGAUGAAGAUUGCAGUGGAAGAUUCAAAAUUAAGCCUCAAUUUGAAGGAAAAGCUGGUCACAAGCUGUUUGACUUACAAUCACGAUUUGGAACUGAUGAAAGAUUUCGCAUGGAUAAACGAUUCUUGGAAAGUGAAGAUGAAAAUACAGAAGAAUCUGUUACAGAUAAAGGCCAAAAUUCUGAGGAUGAAGAGUUUGCUGAUGAAAAAAAGAGAACACUGAACAUCUUACAGAGUGUUAUUGAAGCUGAUGAUGAAAAGUCUGAACUCAGGAAAGAACAAGGGCGAUUCAAAAAAUUCAAAGAUGUUUCUGCUCUACGAUAUGAUCCUACAAGAGAAGAUCACAUAUGCUAUGAAAGCAGGGUAGAUGAAUCCAAGCCAAAAAGCAAAAAAGAAAGAAGAAAACUGAGAGAAGAAGCUGAAAAGCUACCAGACGUAUCAGCAGAAAUCUAUUAUGAAGUUAAUGCAAACUUGAAAGAAAUGUUUGGUUCUGAGGCCGAAGGAAAAGAAGUAGAAUGGGACGUGAAAGAUAAUAGUCAGGUUCAAGAUCAACCUGUUGAGUCUACUGAGACUCGGGCAUUCCAGCACACUGUUGAUUGUAUGUCUCAUAGUAAUCCAAAAGAAGAUUCGGCUGGUUUUACAUUUUCAUUCUUUGAGGCUGCAACUUGUAACAGCCAAAAACCAGAACUCUAUCAGAUUGAAUCAAGGAAUAUGACAGCAUUUCCAUGGCAAGAAGAUCCUCGAUUUAAAGACAGCUCCUCUGAAAAUGAUGAUGAUGAAGAGAAAGAUUUGGAAAAUUGUGAAAAUAGCACAGAAGAAAAGGUGGUAACAUUUCCUGAGAAGAAUGCAAAUCUAUUUUUCUUCUUCAAAGAUGACCAAAGGCUGAAAGAAGGCCCAAAGCUAUUUUGUCGAACUACAGAUCUUGAAGAAGAAAAAAAUAACUGGGAAGAAAAGCGAACUCUGCUGAUUGAGGAGUACCGAAAGAAGCACAGAGAAGCAAAAAGGAAAAUAAAGGCCAAGCAGUAGAUCUGUAUUCGGUUGACGAAUUCCUGUUCAGGAGCAAAAUGCUAUCAAUUCAGGCAAAACUAAUUUUCGAAAUGAAUGUCAGAAUAUUUGUGUUUGCCCAUUUUGGAAGGCUGUAUUAUUAUUGUAGCUCUUAAAAUCGUUACCCAUUCUACUUGCCAUAAGUUGGUGAGACACAACAGAUUUACAUUUUAUCAUGUUGUGAUACUUCUCAAAAGGCAAUUAUCUUAAUUGAAAUGACUGAGCAGUUUGAGGCGAGACAAACUUCUUCCACACAAGGUGGGAAAGAUCAGCUUGUUACUCUUGUACAUUUCGGGGUUGUAGACCGGGAUUACAAAGGAAUAAAAAUAGAUCUCUUCUCCAUAACUUCAUACAAUUGGUGUAGGAAGGGAAAACUGCUGAAAAAAUAUUGAAAAUUACAGAUAUUCUGAUGGAAAAGGAGUUAAAGCUCGUCAUUUUUGAAUGACGAUGCACUUCAUUUUUGUAAAACAGGAAAUAAAGUUAUUUUGUCUAAUA